AUGCCAGUCCUGACAUCUCUGCGUCAGAGCCCGACCUAUCUAUAUGUCAAGGUCUACUGCCUGUGUGCGCUUGUCACACUCUUUCAAGCAGCUCCGGUGUCCUCUCGCAUUCCGCAGCUGGGUCAGACUCUCCAGCUCAGCAAGUAUAGGCUCAUUCGGACAAGGUUGGGACCCCGCAUCGUUCCUGUGGAGGAAGCGCUUCCAGUGACGACUGAAAGCACGCCGGUCGUGCUACACGCCGAUCCAUCUCGGUCGCCAAAUGAGGUCAUCAUCUCCAGCGACGUCUUGGGUCCGGGCGAGCAGGGAUCAAUCGUCAGAAGACUUUUGAGGCGCUGGUCAGGCAGGGCGAAAGAUCUGGCACAUGUCAAGCGUCUUCUUUCUAGGGACGCUGCCGAUGUCAAGGCGUAUCCGGAGCUUGACUGGGACGCAAACGUACGGAGGUCAUCAGCAUUGCACCCAGAAGAGAUCAAGUUUUUGCGCAGAAGGCAAGAUCUCUUGUCAUCGCACGGAAGGGACGAUCUGAAGCGCUUUCUUGAGCUGCCUGCUACGGAGCAAGUGCAUCCUUGCGAUGUACCGCUCAUCGCACUGGGCGGUUCCGGCGGUGGCUACCGGGCGAUGUACGGAUUCGCUGGCGUGAUCGCCGCCGCUAAGCGAGCCGAGCUGUGGGACUGCCUUUCGUGGGCCGGCGGUGUCAGUGGAAGUUGUUGGACGCUGGCUGCUUACUACACCAUUGCCUGCCAAGACGCCGAGCGUCUCGUUAGGCAUUACCUCGCCGUCGCAAGCGAGCUGGCUCACCCGAUGAGCGUACAUGCCCUCGAUACGGUAGCCCGGAGUAGUCGCGGCGUCUACUUUCUGCUCGGUCCGCUUGUUCGCAAAGCGCAAGCUGGCAUCGUCGGACUCGGCAUCAUGGAUCUCUACGCUACGCUGACAACAACGUAUCAGUUUCUGUCGAGGGAGCCAAUAGCAAGGCUCAGCAGGGCCAGCUUCCAAUUCUCGAAAGUUUGGUCGAGAUCUGGGAUCAGCUCCGGACACGAACCGCUGCCCAUCUUCACUGCCGUUCGUGUAGCUCCCCGAGACGCGCCAGGUGUUCGACCUCGUUCCGACUCGUCUCUAAGCAAAGGCCAACCUCCGAAGCGCGCUCUCACCCAGCAUCAAACUGCAGCGUCAAAAGCAGUGACGCCCAGCAAGGCUCCGAACCCAUCUCCCGCGUCAUCUGCGCAGCUGGCGAACGGCGUCGACAACACUGCAGAUGUCUUCGCGCUGCCUGCUGCUAAGGGCUACUUUCAGUGGUUCGAGGCAACACCGCUCGAAGUCGGAAGUGCCGAUGUGCAAGGCUACAUACCCACUUGGGCUUGGGGCCGACCCUUCGUCUCUGGUCGCUCGCUGAAUCGACGACCGGAGGGGUCACUUUCGCUUCUUCUGGGCCAAUGCACGAGUGCCCCGGCAGGUCCGCUCACAGGUUACAUUUCAGCGCUCUUGGCUUCCUUGCCAAAGGGCACUGUCAUGUCGCGCAUUCUGCAUUUCCUCAAUAACUUUGUUCGGAUGAAGCGAUGGGAACGGAGGUGGGGCAAUCCGAUCCGUGCGGGUGACGAACCGAACCCUUUCUACGGCCUCAAUGUGUCACCCGUACCCAAGGUCAGCGACAAAAAAGCGUCGAGCCCGAGCAUUCUCGGCAUCGGAGUCGACAUACUGCACACGCCGCGCUUGCGACACCUCUUUCAGCGUCGUCGAUCCCGGCCAAGUUCGUCUCCUGCCGAAUCAGCCAACGAGCAGUUGCAAUCAAAACAGUCCACCGAGCAAACAGCAUUGGAGAAAGUUGCCAAACGCAUCCUUUGCGAGUCCGAAUGGAACGAAUACCAGGAGCUCUCGCUGCGCCUGACCUCGGAAUCCUCGCACCUGGAGCGCUAUAUCGCAAACAGAUGGUGCGCCAAAGAAGCAGCCUACAAGGCCUUAUACCCGAAAUACAUGGUCUCGUGGAAAGAUCUCUGCGUUCGCAAACACGUCUCUUCAAGCGACGUCGUCGGUCAGCUCGAAGAACAAGGACUGCGCACGAUGAAACCGGCCUUGAGCUUUUCAGACGAAUGGCGGUCCAAGCAUCCCGACAUUUCGUCGAUACCCAAAUUGCACCUCAGCCUUUCACAUGAUGGCGAAUACGUUGUGGCCAAUGUGUUGGCAGAAGAGUCUGUGGAUGUAUCAAACAGGCCGACAGCGCAGAACACAUCGGACUGGAGCGAGCUGCGUGUUUCGCUGCCGCUACAUGAUUCUCGCAUAGUCACACUCGAGGACGGUCCCGACUUGCAGCUAGGUAAACAUGGUACAGCGAUUCCAGCUGACAUCCCAGCGCGGCGUACACAAAGGCCGGAAGACGACACCAGUGCGAGCAGCUCGUGGGAGUCCCAAGGACGCAUCAGGCUCAUGGACUCGGGCAUGUCUAACAACCUUCCCAACCACAUUCUCGCACGCAAAGAACGCUCCGCCGAUAUCAUCAUUGCCUUUGACGCCUCCUCCGACGUACAAGCCGGCUCGGCCAUGCGACGCAUUCACAACUUCGCAGACGAUUGCCAACUCACGCUCACGGAUCAAACGCACCUCUUCGAACCUGUCCUACCUCUACCCGAGGGACAGGGUAGGACGGUAGACCGCACGAUGGAGCAGAAGUUCCUCGAUCAGUAUGCCAGAGUGCUGCAGGGAACACGAGAGGAGGACGGCUCGACGUUCUGGUUGAUAUACUGUCCACUUUUGCCGAACCCCACGAAUCCCGCGUACGAUCCGAGCACGUCACCUUUCAGCAACUCGUACAACCUCGUUUGGACACCAGCACAGGUCAAGACGUUGCUCACCACUUCGGAGGCGAAUUUGGAGCUGUAUGCGUUGCAGAUGGUCAAGCAGGUCAUGUGCAAAGUGUAUUACGACAAGAAGACUGCUCGUCUUGCUUCACAAAGCUCCGCCGUGUCGGCUGUUUUCGCUAAUCCUUCUCGCGAUGCAUAG